AUGGGGUCGGUGUUCCGAAGUGAAGAGAUGUGCUUGGCGCAGUUAUUUCUACAGUCCGGUUCUGCAUACGAUUGCAUAAGUGAGCUGGGCGAAAUGGGUCUGGUCGAGUUUCGAGAUGUAAGUAGGCUGUUCCACCUGUCUGUCGAGCCUAUGUGCAGACUUGCAAUGCAGUAAUACAAGCAUUGUGUAUAUCAGUUAGUUAGGCCUACUCAGUGUCUGUCAGGUGUCAAUUAUAUUUCUGGACCAAAACUGUUCUUUGUGUGUCUGUCUGCGUCUGACUACCAGCGCACCCAGGGUUAUGCCUAAGUGUGUCUAUCAGUCCAGUUAAUGUGCUACUCUUGGAUCAAUUAUUUGUCAAAACAAAAAACUAAAGUAGCACAAACUGAUUAAGCAAAUCAAUAAAAGCAUUAUUUGAUCACAUAUAGUUGUCCCCCUAUUCUGUGAUUGUCUGGUAGUCUUGAUGGAGGUCCCUAUGCAACUGCAUAUGGUCUGUCUGUAUAUAAUUAAUGGGCUCCAAAAACCUGGUACCCAGGUACCUUGGUCACUAGGUUUGUUUAAUUUUAAUUGUUGUGACCUGACCUAGAUUUCAAAAGCAAAUGGAUUUGGACCUAUAUGUUGAUAUUUGAAUGAUACAUUCUGCACAGUAAAAUGGACUGGAAAGGAAUCUAUUUUAUGAACUCCAGGAUGUGAGCAUUGGGCCACCUGGCACAGUCACUGACCACUGUGCUCCUCUGGUUUCAGCUCAACCCCAGUGUCAACUCAUUUCAGCGCCGCUUCGUCAGCGAAAUCAAGAGAUGUGAGGAGAUGGAGAGAAUUCUGGGUGAGGUCACUGAGAUGGACACUAGACCAAGACUACUAAUACCAUACAGAUGUAGGAUCCUAAUUUGAGCCAGUUUGCUACAGCAGGAAAAUAAUCCUGCAGCAACAGGAAAUGUAAAUUAUUAUGUGGAUUAUACAAUUAAUGGACAUUUUUCUAGGGGAUGAUACAUUUUUCAUUAGGGCAAAUGAAGUAUGAAAUAUUCAAAGUGGAAAUUACAAGCGUUAGAAGCCUUUUUAAACCUCAAAUACACUACAAGUUUGCAUUUCCUGCGGCACAGGAACAUUUUCAGCAACAAAAGAGUGAUCAAAUUAAGAUCCUAUAUCUGUACCUUUGAUUUCGUGGGGUUUGAUCAGGCGCUGGUCACCUCUACAGAAUGACAUAUUGCUUUUGGUAACAGGAAUGCAGUGGGAUUGAAUUACAAGUCAUUCAGCUGUGAAAGACUGGCUUUGUGCUAGAUAUAGAUCUCAGUUGUUCUUCUACAGAUAAUUUUAGCAAGACCUCUUUAUGUUUUGAUCAAACGUGUCUCUGGAUGUUUCAACAGAUCCCAUGAUGAUUGUGUGUGCUCAGUCAGUCUUUGUUUAUCUGAGUAAACAAUAAAAAAAAAAGUCAUUUUUUGUUUUCUUUGGACAGGGUACCUUUUGAGGGAGAUCCGAAAGGCAAAUAUUGCUGUGCCAGAAGAUGAUGAAAUCUGUCCAGUCGCCCCUCCCCCCAAACAUGUCCUUGAGAUCAUGGUAGGUCUGAGAUGCUGUUUGUCAUGUAACGAACAUGUGCUGUGGUUGAUGUUCACUGUGUGGUCCUCUGUAGCUCAAUUGGUAGAGCAUGGCACUUGUAACGCCAGGGUAGUGGGUUCGAUCCCCGGGACCACCCAUCCUUAAAAAUGUAUGCGCACAUGACUGUAAGUCGCUUUGGAUAAAAGCGUCUGCUAAAUGGCAUAUUAUUAUUAUUAUUAUUUAAGAUGAAUUACUGAGUUGGUAAAUGUUUGAAGAUAGUAUUGACCAUGUGUGGUUUAGGGUAUUGAUUGUGUGUUAUUAAUGGUUGAGGGGAACUGAUUCGCAUAUGAUUGCUGUGGUCAAGGGGUGUUGACCGUGUGUGGUCUGUCUGCUGUGGUCUCCCAGGAGCACCUCCAGAGGCUGGAGGUGGAGCUUAGCGAGGUGGCCAGGAACAAAGAGAAGCUGCAGCGGAAUCUUCUGGAGCUGACCGAGUACACGCACAUGCUGAGGAUCACACACACCUUCGUACACAGCCGCUCCCGGGUUAGUGCCACCAUGUCUAUUUACAGAACUAUGAAUCCCACCAUACACAUUACUAUCACAUAACCUUUCCUCGUAACUGCUUAAUGCCAUUUAAGUAACACAUACUCUUAUCAGACUCACCCUUUGCUCUAUUGCCCUCCAAGACACAACUGUCAGUUGACAGUGACACCAUAUUUUGGCUCUUUCUGGCCUCUCUCCAUGUGAUGAGUAUCCUCAUCACCACACGCAUGAGUAUCACCUGACUUUGAACAAUGAACAUUUGGUCAUGUGAUUCCACAGCCUAUGAUGCACGUUUGUUUAGCAUGUAGAUUAUAGGCCAGGGUUCCCCAACUGGCAGCCCGCGGGCCAAAUUUGUUGGACAUAAAUGACUGUAAAAACACCAGGAAAUCAGCUUAAUAGAGAGACGUGAUUGUAUACAAAGGUUUGAAAUUAUUAUGUUUUAGUCACAUAUUAUAUCUGUAUGGGCAAUUUGCAGUCUACAAAUUAUUUGUCAUUAUGUUCCGGCCCCCCGACCAUCCGCUCAAGAAAAAAUUGGCCCACGGCUGAAUCUAGUUGAUGAUCCCUGUAAUAGGCUACACUUGACAAUAGGUGUAGCAAUGAAUUUCAACCAUUAUGUAAUAAUGUUGCUAUUACAGAUUUACAAAAGGUCUAUAAACUAGUAAUUAACGGUUUAUAAACUACUUAAAUACCACUUUAAGACUUACCCUUUUUUCAAAUUAAAGGUUACUUUUGUUUGUGUGUUGAUCAUGCUAACCUGACCUUUCCUUUUAUGCAGCAUGAGGCCCUUGGCCCCCAGUAUGAAGAGUUCCAAUCCAUUGAGUCAGACUCUGGAGGCUGCACCGGUAUGCAGAGACUGGGAGCCAAGCUGGGGUGAGAUUCACAGACAAACAUGUAUAAUAGACACUCACAUAAUGUGUAGCUAAUCACUGUGAGAGUCAGCUUGAGUAAGUGGUGAGUCUUGAGUGGUAAAGUCUUCCUCUUGGCUGUAGGUUUGUGUCAGGCCUAAUCCACCGGGUGAAGGUGGAGGCCUUUGAGCGCAUGUUGUGGAGGGUGUGUAAGGGCUACACUAUCCUCAGCUACGCAGAGCUGGGCGAGAGCCUCGCUGACCUGGACACAGUGAGUAGAAAUAGAUAGCAAUACGGAUUUCAGAAAUCUAUGUCUACCUCCAUAUCAUUUUUUUUUUGGAAUAAGACACAUAUUAUAUGUAUUGUGUGUGUACAUUACAGGGUGAGAUCAGCGAAAAUGUGGUGUUCCUUAUCUCAUUCUGGGGAGACCAGAUUGGACAGAAGGUCCAAAAGAUCUGUGAUUGGUAACUACACUUUUGCCACCACAAAACACAAAUUCAUCCAUUGCAUGCACACACUUCUUCAUCUCUCAAGCAUGUGUCUCUCAUUGAACUGUAUCAGUGAUAUUUUUGUAUGCUUUUCUUCCAGUUACCACUGUCACCUUUACCCCCACCCUGAGAAUGAUGAGGAGAGGGCAGAUGUGAUGGACAGCCUAAGGACACGCAUCCUGGACUUGAACAAUGUACGUCUGGGACUGAUAGUAUAUUGCCAGGACAUUAGCCAUAUGUCUCUCUGUCUGUCUGUCUGUUUGUCUGUCUAUAUGUAUGUCAUGUCAAAGGCACGGCCCAAACAAAGACACUAGUUAUAAGACUUUAUGCAAAUCCUUGAACAUGUCAAAUCUGUGCCCUGGCUCCACCAGGUGCUCCACCGCACUGAGGAGUACCUGAGGCAGGGGCUGCAGAAGGCCUCAGAGUCAGCCUUCACCUGGGUAGUGCAGGUGAAGAAGAUGAAGGCCAUCUACCACAUCCUCAACCUGAGUAGCUUUGACGUCACCAACAAGUGUCUCAUUGCUGAGGUGUGGUGCCCUGUCAAUGACCUGACCAACCUGCGGGGGGCGUUGGAGGAAGGCUCAGUGAGUGAGGCUGUUGAGGAUACCGUAGUCCUACAGAUACAGUAGUUUGUUUUGUCAAAUCUGGCAGUAGUGUGUAGUAAUGGAAUACAUGCUAUUUUCCCUUAUCAGAGAAAAGGUGACGCCACUGUACCAUCCUUUGUAAACCGAAUCCCAAGCAACGACACUCCGCCUACGCUCUUGAGAACAAACAAGUUCACCUCCGGCUUUCAGAGUAUCGUGGAGGCUUAUGGGGUUGGAGACUACAGGGAGGCUAGUCCAGGUGAGUACAGCUUCAGUAGACAGGCUAACCUAA